AUGUCUAACAUGUGGACUUUCAUUUUUGUUUUGGUUGCAAUAAUCGCGAAAGUAUACUCCCGACAACGUAUCCCAGACUUUGAUACAACCCAGCAUCUUCAAGUAGAAAAAGGGCAAUAUGUGGAAAUAGAAUUGAGGCUGAACCCUGACUCACCUGGAGCACCUUGUGCUGAUGAGGAAUAUCUUGAGAUCCGUGAUGGGUAUAAUCAGUCUGGAAAUCUUUUGGGUGUAUUUUGUGGAAGAUACGUUCCUCGCUUUAAACUACGUUCCAGUGGACAGAACAUGUGGUUAAGAUUUUCACCUCACCAUAGAUACCGGCUAUGGAACAGAUAUUAUGAGGGAAAAGCACUAAAUGCAACAUUUUCCACCAACCUGAAAAACGUCGCAGAGACUCAGUUUGUCCUGCUCAACCAUUCGUCAUCUUUGUGGUGCCCGGCGGAAGGUGGACCAGCUCCUCGCAUUGUUUGGAGAAAGAAUGGCGCUGUUGUGCAAAACAGCACUAGUGUGCGACUUCAAAUCAACGUCACUGAAGAAGAAGGAAAUACAAAUUACAGCUGCGAAGUGGACGACCAGGAGCCGAAAAACAUCAGUCUUGUUGUCGAGAAGUGCCCUCAACAGUGCCAAUGCAAAGUCCUUAAAGGUAACAUGAAGAACUUAGUAUCGGCCGACUGUGGAACGAAACAGCUUAAGUCAAUUCCAGAGAAAAUUCCCCGAGCUACAGGAAAACUGGACUUGUCCAAAAACAAGUUGCAGAACUUGACAGCAGGGGCCUUUAGUAACAACACAAGGCUGGAAUAUCUGUAA